AUGGUGCAGAAGUACCAGUCCCCAGUUCGAGUCUACAAAUAUCCUUUUGAGCUCGUCAUGGCGGCAUAUGAAAAGCGCUUUCCUACAUGUCCGGAGAUUCCAGUCUUCCUAGGGAGUGAAAUCCUGCAUGAAUCCAGGAGUGACGAUGGAGCUAUACAUAUCAUUGAACGGAGCUGCAAACUGAAUGUGGAUGCUCCCAGGCUGCUAAAGAAGAUUGCAGGCGUGGAGUAUGUUUUCUUCAUACAGAAGAACACCGUGAACUGGAAAGAGCGGACUCUCCGCAUUGAAGCCCACAAUGAGACUUUUGCCAACCGUGUUGUCGUCCUUGAGACGUGCAGCUACUCAGUUCACCCUGAGAAUGAGGAGUGGACUUGCUUUGAACAGUCUGCAUCUCUCGACAUCAAGUCAUUUUUUGGCUUUGAAAGCACAGUGGAAAAAAUUGCCAUGAAACAGUACACUUCAAACAUCAAGCGGGGCAAGGAAGUGAUUGAACAUUACCUGAAGGAGCUGAUCUCUCAAGGGAUCACAUUCAUCCCUCGCUGGACACCUCCUGCUGUGUGCGGACAGGCAGCUGAGCAAGCACCAGCAGUUGGACACGAUGCUGAUGCUGUGCCCGUUGAGGCUGGGGCUCGGGGAACUACCAAAGAGCAAACUGGCAGCUCCUGCCCUCCAGCAGAGGCUGUCAGCCCCGAUGCUGACAAAUUGGAUGCUGAUUACAUUGAGCGAUAUCUGGGCCAGCUGACUCCAAUGCAAGAGAGUUGCUUGAUCCGUCUUCGUCAGUGGCUUCAAGAAACGCACAAAGGCAAGAUCCCCAAAGAUGAACAUAUCCUUCGAUUUCUACGGGCUCGUGACUUCAACAUUGACAAAGCUCGAGAAAUGCUCUGUCAGUCGCUGUCUUGGAGAAAGCAAUACCAGGUGGAUUACAUCCUACAGUCCUGGAGGCCCCCAGCCCUCCUAGAUGAAUACUACACCGGAGGAUGGCAUUAUCAAGACAGAGAUGGACGACCGCUUUACAUCCUUCGUCUUGGCCAGAUGGACACAAAGGGUUUGGUGAAAGCCCUGGGAGAAGAAUCACUGCUGCGACAUGUUUUGUCAAUUAAUGAGGAAGGACAAAAGAGAUGUGAGGAAAACACCAACCUAUUUGGCCGCCCCAUCACAUCCUGGACAUGUCUGGUGGACUUGGAAGGGCUAAAUAUGCGGCAUCUCUGGCGGCCUGGAGUUAAGGCCCUGCUUCGAAUCAUUGAGGUUGUAGAGGACAACUACCCCGAAACUCUGGGCAGACUCCUGAUAGUGCGAGCACCCAGGGUCUUUCCUGUACUCUGGACUCUGGUCAGUCCCUUUAUCAAUGAGAACACAAGGCAGAAGUUCCUUAUUUACAGUGGGAAUAACUACCAGGGUCCAGGAGGGCUGGUAGAUUACGUGGACAAAGAGGUGAUCCCAGACUUCCUGGGAGGAGACUGCAUGUGUACUGUUCCAGAAGGCGGGCUUGUUCCUAAGUCACUUUAUCAAACAGAUGAAGAGCCAGAAAAUGCAGAUCACAUCCGGUUAUGGACAGAAACUAUCUAUCAUUCUGCGAGCGUCCUCAGAGGAGCUCCACAUGAGAUAGUCGUGGAGAUUUUGGAAGGGGAGUCUGUGAUCACUUGGGACUUUGACAUCCUGAAGGGAGAUGUGGUGUUCAGCCUCUUUCACUCCAAACGAGCUCCUGAAACAAGUCAUAAAGAAGCCGCGUUACCAAGUACCUCUACUGCUGGGGACAAUGUGCAGCUCAUUGAUAAGACGUGGGUCCUUGGAGUGGAUUACAGUCGUAUGGAAUCUCCACUGGUUUGUCGGGAAGGAGAGAGCAUCCAGGGAUCUCAUGUGACUCGUUGGCCCGGCUUUUACAUUCUCCAGUGGAAAAUGCAUGGUCCUCUGCCCUGUUCUGGCACUAGCCUCCCUCGGGUGGAUGAUGUUCUCGCCUCUCUGCAAGUUUCCAGUCACAAGUGCAAGCUUAUAUAUUACUAUGAAGUGCUUGCAUCCAAGGACUUCAGGGGAUCCAUGUCAAGCCUGGAAUCUUGCAACAGCGGGUUUUCCCAGCUGAGUGGAGCCACGACAUCUUCCAACCAGUCCCAGAGCAGCUCCCAUCUUUCCAGAUAGCGAGGACAAGGCUACACCACAAGGAAAAAUCACUCAGGGCUUCUUGGCUGCCCCAGAGCUGCUCUGUGCACCAAACCAAAGAGCCUGCAGGGGCUGAGCCUUGAGGCAGUUGUUCGUGUGAUCACAGGCAGCAGCUGCUGGACAGCGAGUGACUUCUGGGAGCUGUUCUCGACAAAGACUUAGCACUCAAAUGGCAGGUGUAGUACUUCUGUAUCAGAUGCCUACUUCUCCAGUAGUCUUUUUCAUAGAUCGUGUUUUUGGAUGAAUGUCAGUUUGCAUGAAUUCAUGUUAUUACUGAACUCUAAAGGGCUCUUUCCAAUCAGUCCUUUUCCUGUGUGUGGCAGAGGAGACUGAUGUUGCCUUAUCUGAUUGAUCUGUAGGACUAGAUUAUUCACGUGUAGCAAAAUUAAUCCAGUUUUCUGGGUGCCCAGGGUAGCACUUACCCAUCAGAAAGUAAAGUGGGCAUUUCAGGUGCAGGGACUUGAAGCAAACUGUAAAUACCUUAAUACAAAUAGGAUAUUUUAGAAACUAGUUACAGGUCAAACCUAAAACCUCUUCUGACCUGACAGGAUGCUAUUAGGAAAUGUGUUGGAUUUUUUUAACCCACUGAGACACAAAAAUCAAAACUGUUUUCUAGAAA